AUGAGGCAGCUGCCCGCGCGGCCGGCAGUCCCGUUCUCCUCGGCUGCGCGGAGGGGAAGCCGGCGGGGGAGCCGGCAACAGUUUUCGCGGUUGUCCAGGAUGCAGCGGGCCAAGGAGGUGAUGAAGGUGUCCGACGGCAGCCUCCUGGGGGAGCCGGGGCGCACUCCGCUGAGCAAGAAGGAGGGCGUGAAGUGGCAGCGGCCGAGGCUCACCCGGCAGGCCCUGAUGCGCUGCUGCCUGGUCAAGUGGGUCCUGUCCAGCGCGGCCCCGCAGGGCUCAGAUAGCAGCGACAGUGAGCUGGAGCUGUCCGCAGUGCGCCACCAGCCAGAGGGGCUUGACCAGUUGCAGGCACAGACCAAGUUCACCAAGAAGGAGCUGCAGAGUCUCUACAGGGGCUUCAAGAACGAGUGCCCCACAGGCCUGGUGGACGAAGACACGUUCAAACUCAUUUACUCACAGUUCUUCCCUCAGGGAGAUGCCACCACCUACGCACACUUCCUCUUCAACGCCUUCGACGCCGAUGGGAACGGGGCCAUCCGCUUUGAGGACUUCGUGGUUGGUCUCUCCAUCCUGCUGCGAGGAACAGUCCAUGAGAAGCUCAAGUGGGCCUUUAACCUCUACGACAUUAACAAGGAUGGCUACAUCACCAAAGAGGAGAUGCUGGCCAUCAUGAAGUCCAUCUAUGACAUGAUGGGCCGCCACACCUACCCCGUUCUGCGAGAGGACGCGCCGCUGGAGCACGUGGAGAGGUUCUUCCAGAAAAUGGACCGGAAUCAGGAUGGGGUGGUGACCAUCGACGAGUUCCUGGAGACCUGUCAGAAGGACGAGAACAUCAUGAGCUCCAUGCAGCUGUUCGAGAACGUCAUCUAG